UAUUGUGGUUAAAAGGAUGAGCUCAUCGGGACACACACACACACACACACGGAGCUGAGCCGAAGACUGAAGGACACCGACUGAACACAAAAAUGGUUUGGUCCCGGGACACAGAGGCGGAGAAACCCCCGCUGUCCGUCAUCCUGCCGCACCUUUACCUGGGAGCAGAGAGAGACGUGACGCAGGAGCGGCUGGCCUCUCUGGGUAUCUCGUACGUGCUGAGCGUGAGCCGCUGCAGUCCCCAGCCUUCGUUCCUGCCUCGCUCCAGAUUUCUGCGCAUUCCAAUUGACGACUCCCUGUGUGACGAUCUGUUGCCAUGGAUACCACAGGCUCUGCACUUCAUCGACGCAGCCGUGUCGUCCGGAGCCUCAGUGCUGGUUCACUGUGCAGCAGGGAUCUCCCGCUCCCCUGCACUGGCUGUGGCCUACAUCAUGUACAGUCUGGACCUGGACCUGGACCAGGCCUACAGAUUUGUGAAAGAGCGUCGGCCCUCCAUUUCUCCAAACUUCAACUUCCUGGGUCAGCUGCAGCACUUCCAGGCCACUCUGUGCCACAGCGCCUCCGGUGGCCGCUCCGUCCUCCAGCAGCCGGACACUUGUUUGUCUUCCUCCGCUGACAGUGACGACCACUGUGGUCAGAAGAUGAACCUUCAGGCUGAAUCUGUCACUGGAAACACAACACACACACACAGCUUUCACAGCAGAGACGACACACAACACACACACAGACACACACGCGCUGAUGGAAACCAGCACCUGUCAGUGUCAGGGAAACUUCAGACUCUUCAUCUGACUCUUAAUCAGCAGCAGGUUCAGACGCCGUACAAGGAUCAGGCUCCGAGUCCCUGUGAUCCUGUCAAACCUGCACCAAAGCCCACGCAACUACAACUCCCAUCAGGCUCUGCUUCUCUGGCAGACAAACGCAAAAGCCUCACUCUGUCUUUGACUCCUUUGGUAAGCAGCAGCAGCAGCAGCAGCAGCAGCAGUGAGACAGGAGGGAAAACCCACCACCACGGGUGGAGUUCCUCCUACAGCAGGUGCAGCAGAGACGAGGUGCAGGAGCAGGAGCAGAGGGCGCUGUCGCCUUUCAGCUGUACCCUCAACAAACUGCUGGACUGGGGGGAGAGAGUUCUGCUGGGAGGACUGUUCUUCCCUCCUGUGCGGAUGGGACAGGCCGCUCUGCCGUACAGGUGCUGAGGCCGCUCCCCCGUCUGUACAGGUGCUGAGGCCGCUCCCCCGUCUGUACAGGUGCUGAGGCCACUCCCCCGUCUGUACAGGUGCUGAGGCCGCUCUGCCGUUCAGGUGCUGAGGCCACUCCCCCGUCUGUACAGGUGCUGAGGCCGCUCCCCCGUCUGUACAGGUGCUGAGGCCACUCCCCCGUCUGUACAGGUGCUGAGGCCACUCCCCCGUCUGUACAGGUGCUGAGGCCGCUCUGCCGUUCAGGUGCUGAGGCCACUCCCCCGUCUGUACAGGUGCUGAGGCCGCUCCCCCGUCUGUACAGGUGCUGAGGCCACUCCCCCGUCUGUACAGGUGCUGAGGCCACUCCCCCGUCUGUACAG